GACGACAAAGAUACCACCUAAUGCGGGAAAAAUUGGCUUAACAAUGGAUAUGGAAAAUAUCAGGACAUUAAGUGGUAAUUCUUUAUUCAAAAAUGGAAAGAGAAUGGGUUCAUAUUCCUUAAAUCCAGAUACAGUACAAGUCGGUGAUAAACUUGGUAUUAUGAAAGCGCCAGACAGUACCCUACACUUUCACUUGAAUGGUAUUGACCAUGGUAAAGCUUUUUCUGAUUUACCUAAAGUUGUUUAUGGUGUCGUUGAAAUUUGCGGAGAUUGUUGCCAAGUUUCUAUCAUUAACAAAGAUUGUGAAUCGAGGAGAAGCACAGAAAACAGAGCAGCUGAAUUAGCUACAGAAGCAGGGGCACAGGUGGCAAUCACAAAGACACAUAGUUUCAGCGGGAGACCAGCAGAUUGGAAUGUGGAUGCCGUUUGUGAGUUCAUCACGUCAAUACCAGAUUGCUCUCCAUAUGCGGCAAAAUUCAGAUCAGAGCAUAUUGACGGUGCCGCCUUGAUAGAAUUAGACAAAAAAGAUCUGAAAGAAUUUUUUUAUAUGCCUUUAGGUUUAGCCGUCAAAAUAUGUUCUCAAUUGAAGAAGUUAGAGGGAAAGAAAUAGACGAUAUAUAUUAUAUGGAUCCAAUGUAUACAUUUAAAUCUUGAAAAUUCCUUUUGAUUAUAUCAUUGUAAGAGGUCACAAGAGUUUCCCCUUAUCGUGGUUAAAAUGUUAUAAUUACACUGGUGUAAUAAUCUUCAAAUACUUAUUCGAUUUUUUUUGUUUG